AUGGCAGCUGUAGCACCCAAGAAGGUCAAGGAUACGGCGUACUAUGAUGUCCUGGGGGUAGCGCCCGAAGCGACCGAUAUCGAGCUGAAGAAGGCAUAUCGGAAGAAAGCUAUCCAGUUCCACCCGGAUAAGAACCCCUCGCCUGAAGCCGAAGAGAAGUUCAAGGAGGUCGGUGAAGCGUAUCAGAUCCUCUCCAAUGCGGACUCCCGAGCCUUCUACGACAAGGUCGGGAAGAAGGGAAUGGACAAGGUGGAUGGACCAGGAGAGAUAGAUCCUCAGGAGGUCUUCUCCAAGAUCUUUGGUGGAGAGGCGUUCUACGACUAUAUCGGCGAGAUCUCCUUGAUCAAGGACUUUACGAGCACGAUGGAGGCCGCGAUGACGCCGGAAGAGCGGGCAGCUAUGGAGGCUGCAGAGGAAGAGGCGAAUGGCGAGAGUCCAGCUGCUGCCGCUGGAUCCACGCCAGCCACCUCAGCUGCGGACCCGACCGCCGUGCCCGCCGCUGCAGAAAACGUCCCUAUCUCAACAUCAGCCACCUCCAUGCCCGCCUCCACCUCUGAACAAUCCAAUUCAUCCCUCGCACACCACUCGUCCUUCUCCACCAACACAUCCGGGACGACUGCGAGUGGUACAGCGACACCAUCGGGGAGCUCGAGUGGUAUCGCGCAAAAGGAGGAGGCGAGUGGCGCGGCGGCUGUCAAGAAGGGCAAAGCGAAGAUCACACCUGAGCAGCGGGCAAAGAUGGAUGAGAUCGAGCGAAAACAGGAUGAGGACAAGAAGCGAAGGGUGAAGGAGCUGCAGGAUAAGCUGGUUCAGCGGAUACGGCCCUUUGUGGACGCCAAGAACCCAGGGGAUAUAAACGAUCCUGAAACGAAGGUGUUCGAAGCUAGGAUCAGAACGGAGGCGGAGGAUCUGAAGCUGGAGUCUUUCGGUAUUGAGCUGCUGCAUACUAUCUCCGGCGUGUACAUCACAAAAGCUGGCAACUUUGUCAAGUCCCGCAAAUUCUUCGGUGGGGGUUUCCUCGGGCGGCUGAAGGAGAAAGGAGGGAUGGUGAAGGAGGGCUGGGGACUGCUUGGAUCUGCUAUUGGGGUACAAGCUGCGAUGGCCGAAAUGGAGCGGCUAGAGACCAAGGGCGGAGCCACACCCGAGGAGAUUGAAGCGCUCGCUCAGGAAUUGAGUAGCAAGAUGUUGUUGACUACUUGGAAAGCGACCCGAUGGGAGGUGAUCAAUAUUGUGGGCGCAGCUGUUGAUGGUGUACUGUACGAACCAGGAUUGUCGAAGGACGUUAGCUAUAAGCGUGCCAAGGCGAUUCUGACGAUCGGUGGGAUCUUCAAGACGAUGCAGCCUGAUGAAGGGGACGAUGAGCGGAGAGAACUGGAGCGGUUGGUCAUGGAAGCAGGUAACAAGAAGAAGAAGGCAGAAAAGGAGAAAGAGAAGGCGGAUAAGGAGAAGCCGAAGGGAGGGAGUGGGUGGGGUUGGGGAUCGUCAGCACAUGCGGCGCCGGCAGCGGCUCCUGCACCAGGAACGGCCGAGAUGCCGGCGGCUGCUGUGGCUACGGAGGAGAAGAAGGCUGCUGUAUGA